AUGUUAAGAUCUGCCAGUAGAAUAUCUAGACAUAGGUUAUAUCAAUCUUUGUCGUCUCAAAUCAACAAGCAGUCAGCCAGAUGUUAUGCAGCAGCAGCCUCAUCGGGUCCUGAAAAUAGACCAUUGGUAACCCCAUUGGGUAGACACCCACAAAAGUAUUCGACCCCAGCACCAGGGUUUGGUCCUACUACAUUCACUGAAGUGUUAGAUGAUGUUAAUAUUACUUGGGAUAAAAACGAUGACCCAGAUAGAUUGGAAAAGCAAAAUACCAAAAUUCGUCAUUUCACUAUAAAUUUUGGUCCACAACAUCCAGCUGCUCACGGUGUCUUGCGUUUAAUUUUGGAAUUACACGGGGAAGAGAUUGUUCGUUCUGAUCCUCAUGUCGGAUUGUUACAUAGAGGUACUGAAAAAUUAAUUGAGUCUAAAACUUAUAUGCAAGCCUUGCCAUAUUUUGAUCGUUUGGAUUAUGUUUCCAUGAUGACCAACGAAUUGGUGUUUGCCUUAGCCGUGGAAAAAUUGUUAAAUGUUGAAGUUCCAUUGAGAGCCAAAUACAUUCGUACCUUGUUUGGAGAGAUCACCAGAAUUUUAAACCAUUGUAUGUCGGUCUUGACCCAUAUUAUGGAUGUCGGUGGUUUGACUCCAUUCUUGUGGGGUUUCGAAGAGCGUGAAAAAUUGAUGGAAUUUUAUGAACGUGUUUCUGGUGCUAGAUUACAUACUGCAUACUUCAGACCAGGUGGGGUUUCCCAAGACUUGCCUGCUGGAUUAUUGGAUGACAUUUAUAUGUGGGCCACCCAGUUUGGUGAUAGAAUUGAUGAAGUUGAAGAAUUGUGUACCGAUAACCGUAUUUGGAAAGAUCGUACCAUUGGUGUAGGUGUUGUUUCUGCUGAAGAUGCUUUAAACUAUUCAUUGAGUGGUGUCAUGUUGAGAGGUUCUGGUAUUCCAUUCGACAUUCGUAAAUCACAACCAUACGAUGCAUACGAUUUAGUCGAUUUCGAUAUUGCUGUUGGUAUUAAUGGUGAUUGUUACGAUCGUUAUUUGAUCAGAAUGGCUGAAUUCAGACAAUCAUUAAGAAUCAUAUUCCAAUGUAUCAAUGAUAUUCCUGAAGGACCUGUCAAGGUUGAAGACUACAAGAUCUCCCCUCCAUCAAGAUCAUUAAUGAAAGAAGAUAUGGAAGCUUUGAUACACCAUUUCUUAUUAUUCACAAAAGGGUAUGCUGUUCCUCAAGGGGAAACAUAUACUGCUAUCGAAGCACCAAAAGGUGAAAUGGCAGUCUAUGUUGUUUCCGAUGGUAGUGAAAGACCAUACAGAUGUAAGAUUAGAGCCCCAGGUUUUGCUCAUUUAGGGGCUUUUGAUCAUAUCGCUAGAGGCAAUUUAUUAGCUGAUGCUGUGGCCAUUAUCGGUACUAUGGAUUUAGUGUUUGGUGAAGUUGAUCGUUAA